GCCCCUCAUCGGGCCCCAGGGAACUAGGCCACGCAUCGUGAGGCCUUCGCGCCCAGUUGGCGCUGGGACGAGGGCAGGCGGCGGCAGGCUGCGCGGCCCAGGUUCAGCUGCUGGGGGGAUCCGGACGCGGACCCCGUUGGAGCGGGGUCCUCGGAAGCGCGCGCGAGGCUGCAGCUGCUCGGGCUGAGGCAGGGAAGAGGCGAAGCAGCUGGCUGCGGGCGGGAAUCCUCGCCCUAAACUUCCCGCUCCGUGAUGACCGCUCAAGUUUUGGGAUUUUUACGCAACUGGACUCCCCACCCUCUGGGAUCCCCGCGGGAUGCAGCCGCCGCAGAGAAUGACCCGGGGGGUCCUGCAGUUACGACUCGGUUCGGGGAGGGCGCGCCCCACAGCCGGCCCCGCGACGCCCGCCUGGACCGUGGCGAUAAGGGGCUGAAGGCAGCAGAGACGGCGGCCGCCACGGGCAGCGCCCCUUCGGUGCAGGGCACGGCACUGCCGUGGGAGCCACAGGCCGAAGCUAUGGAUCCAGCGAGCGGCCCCCGGGGUCUCCCCCGGCCCUGCCGCGUGUUGGUGCUGCUGAACCCGCGUGGUGGCAAGGGCAAGGCCCUGCAGCUCUUCCGCAGCCACGUGCAACCCCUGCUGGAGGAAGCCGAGGUCUCCUUCAAGCUGAUGCUCACGGAGCGACGGAACCACGCGCGGGAGUUGGUGCGUGCGGAGGAGCUGGGUCGCUGGGACGCGCUGGUGGUCAUGUCUGGAGAUGGGCUGAUGCACGAGGUGGUGAACGGGCUCAUGGAGCGGGCCGACUGGGAGAUCGCCAUCCGCAAGCCCCUGUGCAGCCUUCCGGCAGGUUCUGGCAACGCGCUGGCAGCUUCCUUGAAUCACUAUGCCGGCUACGAGCAGGUGACCAACGAAGACCUCCUGACCAAUUGCACCCGGCUGCUGUGCCGACGACUGCUGACGCCCAUGAACCUGCUGUCGCUGCGCACAGCGUCCGGAUUGCGUCUCUUCUCUGUGCUCAGCCUGGCCUGGGGCUUCAUUGCCGAUGUGGACCUGGAGAGCGAGAAGUACCGGUGCCUGGGGGAGAUGCGUUUCACAGUGGGCACCUUUAUGCGCCUGGCAGCCCUGCGUACCUACCAUGGUCGCCUGGCCUACCUCCCCGCGGGACGGGCAGCCGCCUCCCAGACGCCCAGCUCGCCCGCUACAGCACGGCAGCAGGGCCCCAUGGAUGAGCACCUGGUGCCCCUGGAGGAGCCAGUGCCUGCCCACUGGACGGUGGUGCCCCAUCAGGACUUUGUGCUGGUGCUGGCACUGCUGCACUCACACCUGGGCAGCGAGAUGUUUGCAGCCCCCAUGGGCCGCUGCGCGGCGGGCGUCAUGCAUCUCUUCUACAUGCGGGCAGGUGUGUCCCGGGCCUCGCUGCUGCGCCUCUUCCUUGCCAUGGAGAAGGGCAGGCACAUGGAGCAUGACUGCCCCUACUUGGUCCACGUGCCUGUGGUGGCCUUCCGCCUGGAGCCCAAGAACGGGGAGGGUGUGUUUGCUGUGGAUGGGGAGCUGAUGGUCAGCCAGGCCGUGCAGGGUCAGGUCCACCCCAACUCCUUCUGGGUGGUUAGUGACUGUGGGGGACCCCCUGCCAGCAUGGGGCCCCCGCACAAGUCACCCCCUCAAGAGCCCUUGUGACUUUAGGGCACUGUGCCUUUGCGGCCGUCCCUCCUUCCCAGGACUUGGGUGUGUGCGUGUACACCACACUGCGCUGCGGGACUCCUGGAGGAGUGGGGAGGUGGUGGCUGUGUGCUUUGACAGACAGGCUCUGCCUGUCAAGAGCCACAAACUCAGCUGGCUGGGCCAGUUGCUGUGGGAGGCACUCCUGCUCGGAGAGCCCACCCUGUGAGUCAAACCUGAAUAAAACGACA